AAGCGGCUGAUAUAUCAAUGGAGUAUAUUUUUUUAUCAACUUCUGCUAUAAAAGCUACUCACCUCUCUAGUCAAGUACAACUAUUUUUUUGAGAGAGACAUUGAAAAACCGGCUGAAUUUCUUUCAGAAUGUCGCUUCUUACAGAUCUCAUCAACCUUAAUAUCUCAGAAUCAACUGAAAAGAUCAUUGCUGAAUAUGUUUGGAUUGGUGGCUCUGGUAUGGACCUCAGAAGCAAAGCUAGGACUCUUUCUGGCCCUGUGAGCAAACCUUCGGAGCUCCCCAAGUGGAACUACGAUGGAUCCAGCACCGGCCAAGCUCCCGGAGAGGACAGUGAAGUCAUCCUAUAUCCGCAGGCAAUUUUCCGGGAUCCAUUUAGAAGGGGACAUAACAUUCUGGUCAUCUGUGAUGCGUAUACGCCUGCUGGCGAGCCUCUUCCAACGAACAACCGACACAGUGCAGCCAAGAUUUUCAGCCAUCCUGAUGUUGUUGCAGAGGUUCCAUGGUAUGGUAUCGAGCAAGAGUACACUCUUCUGCAGAAGGAAGUUAAAUGGCCGCUUGGAUGGCCCGUUGGUGGUUUCCCCGGACCUCAGGGACCUUAUUACUGUGGAAUUGGAGCUGACAAAGCCUUUGGUCGUGACAUCGUUGAUGCGCACUACAAGGCCUGCCUUUAUGCCGGAGUCAACAUCAGUGGCAUCAACGGAGAGGUGAUGCCUGGCCAGUGGGAGUUCCAGGUCGGACCAUCAGUUGGCAUUUCAGCUGGAGACGAGCUGUGGAUUGCUCGCUACAUAUUGGAGAGGAUCACUGAGAUUGCUGGAGUCGUUGUGUCGUUCGACCCCAAGCCCAUCGAGGGUGAUUGGAAUGGGGCUGGUGCACACACCAACUACAGCACCAAGUCGAUGAGGGAGGAAGGAGGCUACGAGGUCAUCAAGAAGGCCAUUGAGAAGCUCGGGCUGAGGCACAAAGAGCACAUUGCUGCCUACGGGGAGGGCAACGAGCGUCGCCUAACUGGAAAGCACGAAACUGCUGACAUCAACACCUUCAAAUGGGGUGUUGCUAACCGCGGUGCAUCCAUCCGUGUGGGGCGUGACACGGAGAAAGAGGGCAAGGGCUACUUUGAGGACAGGCGGCCGGCUUCCAACAUGGACCCCUAUGUUGUGACCUCGAUGAUCGCGGAGACCACCCUCCUCGGCAAGCAGUGAGUCUGGUUAUCAUCAUCUCAAACAAGGGAUUCUGUUUACUUCAUAUAUGAUAUGUAGCAUAGUUUAUCAUUGGUGUAUGAUAAUAAUUUAUGUGAGGCCUUGCUUGGAAAUUCAACAAACAGUGUCUUUGAAAUGUUUUCCUCAGGCUGUUGUUAUAGCAUGUUACUUCAUUUUCAAUUUAUUUGUUUUGUUA